GUCAGUCUCUCUGGCCGCCUUUGCCCACCCUAAAGAUUUUGAGGCCGUGACGUAUUUACUAACGGGCACACGCGAGUUUUCACACCGGUGCUUCAUCUGCUUGCGAGGGCGACUAUUUGGGGGGAGAGAUAAACUGCGCCUCGCUCUCGAGCCACUCGGACCGUUUUCUCUCCGCUAACACCAGCCGCACUUGUCAACAAGGCUUACCUUCCCUCAGCUCAGUCCACCUCUGUCCACCAGGAGGGAAAAGUAGAAGGAGUUUUCUGCUCUCCACCGUCACUUUGACCCGUGAGGUUGUAAAUACGAAGUCAUUUUUGGAAGUUUCUGGACCAACAUUAAAAAAAAAGUGAGAAUUAGCUAAAGCGCAAACAGAAGAUGCGGGAUCGUUUUGUUCUGUCACUGCUCUUUGGAUGCCUGGCUUGUCUUGUGGUGACCUCUGUUGUGAAUGCAGACGGUCGAGUGUUCGUGUUGGACCUGAGGAACUCCUCUGGCCCACAGGGCUUCAGAGACGCUGAGCGGGCUUGUGCCUCGCGACAUGCCCGCUUGGCAUCAGCGGAGGAGCUCCGUCACGCUGUGGUGGAAUGCUUCUUCUCCCCCUGCACCAGUGGAUGGCUCUAUGGAGGCACAGUGGGGACCACGGUGUGUAGUGUUGUGGGCAGUGCGCUGAAAGCAGUGGACGUGAGAACAGAAAACGCCACAGAGGACGCUGCACACCUGGACGCCUUCUGUAUCAAAGACAAAGAUGAGCCGUGUGGAGACCCUCCAUCUUUUCCCAAUGCCCGUCUGCAGGGGCACACUGGGUUCGACAUGGGCGAUGAGCUGCUGUACGUGUGUGUGCCAGGUUAUGUGAUGCCCAGUGGACACAGUGCCUUCAGCCUGCUUUGCGACAGCUGUGGAGAGUGGUACGGACAUGUGCAGCUUUGUGUCAAAGAUGAGACUGAAAGUCACGUUGACUAUGAGGACAAGUUCACAGAUUCCUAUGGAGAAGAGGAGCACCAUAGCGAGAGACCAGAGGAGGCUCAUGGCGAAGUGUACGAGGAGGUGCAUGGAGCUGCGUACCCGGAGGAGAAGAUCAGUAAAGAGCAGCAAGCAACAAGCUUUGGUGUUGAACUAGAGGAGGAGCAUCAAUACCAGCAUGGAGAGCAGGAAAAUGGAGGAGAGAUGAUUGGGAUAAAAUCUGAAGAUGUUGUAGAUGGAGGAGAAAAAGCUGUUGAAGACUUUAUAGGCAAUCCAAGGUGGGAGCAGGAGAGGAGAGAGGUGGUGAGGAUAGAUGCAGCUGCAGCCACUGAGGCACCUGUCUCUCUUCUGUCCCAGAAACACAUGUUCUGGUUCCCUUCUGAGGCUUUUCAGGAGGAGGGACUUCCUGUCUCCACCAAUCCAGUCACACAGACGACACAGAGAGCCUCAGGCGCCCAAUCAGAGGAGAGCAAAGAGCACGAGAGCCAAGAGAGGCACCACAUCCAGCAUCCUGUUGAUGUUGACAACCGUGAUGACCGUGAGCAAGACAGCUACGGCGAUCGUGACACAGGCGACCAAGAUGAUCGUGGUGACAGCCACCAUGACGUCAAGGAUGUCCAUGAAGACAGUCGCCUUGAUGAUCAGGAUGACCACGACAGCCACCAGGACAAAGACGACUAUGAUGAUCAAGUGAAACAUUACUUUCCAGCUCAGCAUGAUGAUCUGGACAGACGGAACCGCCACGAAAAAGACGAUGACAGUCACGACGACCAUUAUGACAUGGGCGAACAUGAAGAUGAGCGGAUUCGCUACAGCAGCCAGGACUAUGAUGAUCGAGAUGAUACAUACGAUGAACACAAAAGCUUCGAGGAUCAUGAGGAUGUGACUGACGAUCAUGGUGUUGUUGAUCAAGAGCAUCCGGAAGGUUCGAAGGAACAUCUGGACCACGAUGACCACGAUGAUGGUGAGGAGCAUUACAACCUGGAGGAGGACGAUAACGACCGUUACACUGAUCACGAUGAUCAUGAGCACAACGACCAUGACAGCUAUGAUGAUCAUGAUAGCCAUGAAGAUGAUGAUGAUAGUCAUCAGCAUGUAGUAUUUUCUGCAGUAGAUGAGCAUCAGAAUGUCACUCAGAGAGGAGCAGGAGAAAAGGCCACCACAGAUGAAACCUGGCUAGACGGCUACCCUGUCGCUCCAGAGGACACAGAAAAAGGUGACUCCACAACAGAAAGGGAUGGACCAGAGGAUAAAGAGAAGGGGACACCAGCCAGGGCAACAGACAGACCCAAUGAGGUGGAGAUUCGUAGACCCGUCCCUUACACCAGCUUACCAGAGGAACAUGAAUCUCCCACCACAGAGCCUGAACAAGAGGGUGUGGAGGAGGUGUGGCCUGGCUUCAUUCCCACUGCUGCUCCUUCCCCUGACCAUUUCGAGCCCUCAGACUCCCCCUCAUACUCUGACACCCUUGACUACGACACACAACAAGUAGCCCCCACCCAUUCCUGGCAGGGUGACCUCACCGAGCACCCAUUCCUCGAUUUCGGCCCAGCUCCUCCAGUGCAUGAUGGUGACAUCCUCACCGGAGUGAUGGAGGAGCACACCGUGUACAACCUGCCGGGCGAGGCUGGGGAGCGGGGCGAGGUGGAAGGGGAGAAGGGGUCGACGAUCUGUAUGGGCGAUGACUGCCCUCCAAGCUCCUCCAGCCGAGGUCCUACGGUAGCUGCCAUAAUUGUAGCAGUGUGCGCGGUUGCCGCGGCGGUCAUCGUUGGGGUGUGGUGUUACCGACGGCAACAGCAGAAGAGCUCGAUGUACGAGAUGAAUGGGAAGGGCCAAAGUCAGACCAGACAGGGCCAACAGAUAGAGAUGCAGCAAAAAGUGUAAGAGCAAGAGAUGAGGGAAGAAGGACACUGACAGAGGGCAGAGACAUUUGGGAGGGAUGGAACGAUUGAGAUGAAUUUGAGAGGAAAGCGCAGCCUUUCAUCUUACUAGAUACUACUGCUUCAUUGAAGAUUUUGGAUAGGUAUGAACCGUAAAUCUUACCGAGGUGAUGCACAGAAUUUUAUAAAACAGUGAGAACUGGUGAAACAACAUGGUAGCAGUUCUCUCCCACUUAUAAAUUCUACAGAAAUUCACCCAUCUUGGUCAUACCUAUUCAUUAUUUUCAAAGCUCUAGUGUCUAGCUGGACAGGUGGAGAGGCUGUGUCUGGACUGGACUCAGCUCCAGGCUGAAUGAAAAAAGAGACUGUAAGGAAAUGACCAUGUAGGAAAACCACAAGAAGGCAUGCCUGCCUGCCUGAAUAUUAUGAACUCAACCUCCAAAGCUCUUGGACAUUGUGGUAAAGAUUCUCAGUGUUACCUUGCUGUUGUUUUUGUUGACUUUAUUGAGUGCUCUGUUUAUUGUUUAUGUGUAUUGUUCUGGAUUUAUUGAUCUCAAUCUUCUUUUCUGUUUAUGGUGUUUAUAAAAAACUUUAUCCCACUUGUUAGUCCUCAACAAGAACGCUGAAGUUCAGAACACUUCAGGUCAUCGCAGGUUUGGGCAGGUUGUCCCAGAUGAAUGACCUGGCUUCUGUCAGACCAGCAUGAAAGAAAAAAAAGAAGAAAGGAUGAUGAUGAUGGUUAGACCAGAUGAGAGUGGGAUGAGCGGUAUGAAGAGAACUGAGAGGGAAAGCAAAGGAAAAAGAGGCCGGGGAAUGGUGCGGUAAGAAGUAUGACGGGAGAAACAUUUGAAGACUUUCCUGCCUCUGUUUGUUUUGACAGUCAGCUGGUGAGAAAUACAGAGCGGGUGUCAAGACAGCAGACUCAGCCCCAUGUGUGUGUGUGUGUGUGUGUUUGUGUGUGUGUGUGUGUGUGUGUGUGUGAGAGAUAGAGUGCGUAUGUGUGUGUCUCAGGUUCAUGCAAUCCGCCGCUCUACGGUUUGAAGUUUCCAACUGAGGACCCAGAGUGGAUGCUGACGGCAUUUAGACCAACUAGAGAUCAAACAUUGUGAUGCUGCCAUGGCAACAGAGAGAAACCACCCCAAAUGUUAUCGUUAAAAGAUUAGUAGACAUAUUCUGACUUAUUCUGACUUUUAAGAGUGUGUUUUCUUUUUUUUUCAUGAAAGUUCAUGAAAGAGAUUUUAAGUAUCUUGUGGAGCUGGAGAGUCCAUGACUUUAGGUUAAAAUUAGAGCUUGGCCUCCUGCCCUGUGUAUUUUCACAUUUAGCGUCAUAUGAUAAAUAAAAUGUAGCUAAAUAUUUUUUGAUAUAACAUCAGAAGGUUAUAUUUCCCUAAUUGAUUUCCUUUAUGUCUGCUCUAAAGCAGACAUGAGCAGGUAAAGAAGUUUGUCUGGAUUGGACUGUCAGAUUAUUAGUUGACUGAACUUCUAGUUAGAUAUCAACGUUAGAUAUCAACGUUGCUGGAGGAAUUCAAAUAUAUGUGAAUUCACACAAUUUGUUUAUCAAAAAAAUUCUGAUAUGAUUAAAUUUAGGUAAGACGUUCUUUAUGUGAGUAAUUUGAUUAAUUUGGUUGUCAAGCCCUAGUUCAAAAAACAUAUUGAUAUUUAUACCUUUGCUGUUUCCGUACUGUGCCAAAUACUUGGAAACAAAGUAAAUUACUAAAUUAGGAAAGCUCAUAAAAAGGUGCAUUUAUGUAUAUAAAGUCAAAUAAGCAUGUGAGAUUUUAGAUAUUAGAGUUAGUAAUUCUAGUGACGUAUAAAGAAAAACAACAUGAAGUAGGUUACAAUAACUGUUGACAGUGGGUGGUGUCUGGCAGACCAGGCACUUUAUGGAGUCAUCAGUCAUGAAUAAUAAUUAAAUUUUUUCUCAUACAUUUCUAACAUAACAUCUGAUGUUCUCAGCUGGUUUAUAAAAAGUACUUUAAUUGUGUUAUCUUUAAUCUUGUUAUGAAAUAAGGAUUUGUUGGAUUUGGAGAAUAAGAGCCAAUUUCUUUCCCAGACUGAUUUAAUUCAGUCUUUUUCAUUUCUGUACCAUGAUGUCUGAAGCUAUAGUGACACUAUUCAUGGAUGAGGGUAUAGGGGAUUAAGUACCUGUUGUCUAUAUGUUUCUGUAAAUAUGAAUCUAUGACUGUAUUAAUUUGUUGCUGUACAUACUAUAGCAUAACUGAUGUCACCUCACCAAGACAGCCAAGCACAGUUAACAUUAGACAUUACCUCUUUAUGUCUCACACAGGGUCAACUCAUUUCCACCACUCAAAAUCUCAUCCACUGCCUGUUACAUGUGCUAUCCCACUCUGCUGUUUAAACACUAGUAGGCCUACUGUACUUGCAAAAGUCCAACUUGUCUGAUCUCACGCCAGAUUAGCCACAUGAUCUGAUGCCUCCACACUGAUAGUGAUCAUCAACAAUGUUAAAACACUGAGGCUAAAUUUCGAAUCACUUGAGUUUUGUGCAAAAUCAAGACACUCAUGAAAGCCAAUAGGAAAACAGGAAAUAAUGUUUUGUUGUUGCUGUGUCUUGUUCACAUGAUGCUUCAAUGUGUCCAUUUCAUCUCCAUUUCAAACAGCCUGAUGUGUGUGAUGUCAGGAUGAAGUGUGUACUGUAUAUGUGUUCACAAUAAACUCCUGAACACCCGAAUCUGUGGUGAUUAUUGCAUUAAAUGUGGUUUUAACUCUUCA